GCUGUGCCCGGGGAGGUGUGCGCUCCGCGGCAUCGCCAUGGACCCGAUCCGGAGCUUCUGCGGGAAGCUGCGGGCUCUGGCCAGCACGCUGGACUGCGAGACGGCGCGGCUGCAGCGAGCGCUGGAAGGAGAGGACAGCGACUUUGAAAAUUACCCGAUGACAAUUCUGCACGACCUUCAUUCCGACGUCCAGACGCUAAAGGACGAAGUCGGUGUUCUUCUUAGUAAAACAAGUGUGGAAAAUCAAGAGAACAUUGGUUUCCUAAGGACAGUGAAAGUACUGAUGAAAAAAAAUUCAGCAGAUAUUAUGCAAAUACAAGAGUAUUUCCAGAAGUAUGGGUAUGAGCCACGUGUCAAGAAGAACGCAGUGUGUGAGCAGGAUGGCGUGGACUCUGCGGCAGAGCUGUCCCAGCAGCCUGAGGGCCGGGGCGCCCCCGUGGAGCCUCGCAUCCCAGACACCUCCUUCCCCGAGAAGCCUCCACGUAGUCCACAGCUUUCCGAUUUUGGACUUGAGAGAUACAUGAUCACCCAUGCCCUGCCCAAGCCUGCAGGGGCAGAGAGCCACCACCAGGAAGAGCCCCAGGCAACUCCAGCUGCCAGGCAGCUGGCCGCGACCCUGCCAAAGACGCCGCGAUGUGCACUGAGAAUGGAUGACUUUGAGUGUGUGACUCCGAAAUUAGAACAUUUUGGGAUCUCUGAAUACACUAUGUGUUUAAAUGAAGAUUACACAGUGGGGCUGAAAAAUAUAAAGAAUAGUAAGAGGGAGGAGACACUGGAAACAGAACACACGUGCGGUGACCUUGCCACUCCUGAACCCAUAAUCCCGCAGCUGAAGCACUGUGAUGCUGAUUUUGCAGAUUCCCCCUUAGUGCCUACAUUCUGCACUCCUGGUUUGAAAAUUCCUAUGAAGAAGAGCACAGCUUUGAUGUCUACAAAUUGUCCAACAUCAAAAACCAACAGCUCAUCACAUGAAGUGCAGGUCACAGAUUGUGGUCCCUUAGUGUUAAAAUCACACGAGUGCUUUGAGAACUUCUCUGAUCCCUCUUCCCCCACGAUUUCUUCCUACGAGAACCUUCUCAAAACACCGACACCUCCUCAAGUUACCACGAUCCCAGAAGACAUUUUCCAGAUUUUAACAAAAUACAAUUCAAAACUGGCUACUCCCAUCGCUGUUAAACCAAUGGCAGGCAGGAAAGAGUUCCGCAGAUACGAAGGACACAACAGCCGGGAUGUUGGCAACAAAGAAAACUGGUGAAAAUAUUCUAAUGGAUCCGUCUAUCAUAAAAACUGCACAGAAUGGGAUGAAGACAUAACCGGAUGUUCUUGUGCAUUUUAAGAACUGACCCAUUGUAAUGAGCAACACAGACACUGCGGUCCUACCAUGCUUUGUAAUGAAGUUGGGAUUUGGUUCAGCCCCAGUCUUCCUGACUUGGAGCUUUCCAUCACUGCUGAAUCUAACAGAAUGGUUUAGUAGUAACAGGAAGUAGGGCAAACACUUCUUAAAAUCGGAAUGCUACUGUCUGAUCUCCCCAUAAGACCACGCAGACCUGUUUGUGGCCAUGUGCUUUUUGCUGCCCGCUAGCUCUGCCCUCAUCUCCUCUCCAGACUGCCAGUCUUUUUUUUUUGUCUUGCUGCAGUCUUUAUACCUUUUAUUCAUUGGUGCUCUUUGAAGAUUAUUUUGCUGUAUGCAAAUACCAGAAACACAUCUUUAACACAGGAACAGAGGGUGACUUGCAGGUGUGGCCACGUGCGUUGUGAUCCUCUGAGGAAGGAGGGCAGACAGCUGGCAUCGGGGACUCUGUUGUCACGCUGGACUUCAGCCCUCUGCGUGAUGUCACAGAGCCUUCAGCUCGGCUCCGCCCUCCACAUGGCUGCUGGCCUUUCAGGCUGCACCCUCCAGUCACCCCAGGAAGGGCCCACACCUCUCGGAAGGAUCUGGUGCCUAAACCUGGGCCAGGAACCCUCGUGUGAACCCUCAGCUGUGGCCACAGAAGCCCCUGGAGCCAACGGUUCUAGGGGUGCCAGAGAAGGGGUUUUUUGAAGGCUUACCAGUAACUUCUCCAACUACAGCAGUGGGAAAAUGAGGACUUAGCCUACUCUGGAGAGCAGGCAAAAAGUUGAGAACAACUGACAAGUGUCAGGACAGGGUGCAUCAGAGGCGGCGCUUGGGAACUUGGAUGAAACUUCAGUUCUAUGAUGUGUCAUGCUUUGCUAUACUAAUUUUUUGAGGUGACAUCAAAACAUUUUUUGUCCUAGGAAUUGUGUAAUGCCGAAUUUAAUUUUUGUUAUGUAUAAAUUAUGUUAAGAGAUUUAUAAUCUUUCAAAUAAAGCUGCAGCUAAUAUUAUAUA